AUGUUUUGCGUAGUGAGCGUGGACUGCCUCAUCUCCCACGAGCUGUGCCUGACCCCACAUGACCUCACUUACCUCAUAGACACGAGACGAGAAGCGGAGACAGAAAAUCGGCCCAUCAUAGAAAACGCGGAAGCUCCCGCCACGGAAUUUAGGGAUAACUUUAGAAAAACGUACGAGACCUCCGACGAUGAUAUAUUAUCUCUGGUGGAUGGUUCGGAUAAUAUGAGUGAUACUUUGCAAAGAGAGAAGAUUGAUUUUUAUUCGUCCGGAGGUGAGGAGAAGGAAGAUAUGGAGAGAUUUCGGGUAAAAAUGGGAGAUUCGAGGAAAAAUAGGCAAGGUGGAUUUACUAUGAUAUAUCCAUCUCCCAACGGAAAGUUAUAUGACCAGGUGAUCAGUGACCUGUACCACGCCGUCGCCUCCAACACGAGCGCCGCCUUCAGUCCCGCCUCUUAUCUCCUCACGGAAAGUUGGCGUCACGUGACUCGGGAUCUCCACGGGCUGCUCACGUCACUAGAGUCCUUUUACCGUCCACUUCCUUCAGGAUUCCCGCCCAUGUUGGCUAGUUUGGAUCUCCGUCAAGAUGAAGACAUCCACGAGAAAUGGUUGAGGCACCAGGAAGCUCAGAAAAAUCCUUGCAUGGAAGACCCGGCCACUGCUCCAUACCUCCAGAGGAUCGUCCUUCUACCCGAGGUCGACCUCAAACCAGCUUUCACGCCUCUUGUCACGUCCUACUGGGCAGAGGUGGAGUACGAGCUCAUUACAGUUCAAGUGACAGGUGUGGCGCUUCACUGCCAGGCUGAGGCGCGACUUGAGGAUAAAUUUGGGCCGUCUACGCUAGUGAACUACACCUCGGUCUGGGGGACAACCACCUCACCUGGCCGUGGUUGACAUCGCUCACUCCGAACUUGGACACACUCAACACUACACCCUACACCUCACUCGCCGCUCGCCCCCACGCCGCGGCCUGACGUCGUCUCACGCCCGCAUCACCAAGUGUGCGCGCUUAUACAGGAUGCGAGCUGCGCAUGUCCCCUCGGAGCCGUGCGGGCUGAGGGUCGAGUCUUCCUUCACCUCGUGGGCGGCUUUCCUCGCCCACGCCCAAGCUCUCAAGCCCUGUAGCCAAGGAGACGCCCACGGUCGCUGGGUGGUGCCAUGCGGCUGGUGCCUCGAGCGUGCCACCUGCGAUUGACGAAGGCACUGUGGCAGCCGUAUGCUUGCUCGCACGCCCCCUCUCCCGCCCGGGCCUCCAGAAGUGUCUCCGAGGG